GGGAACUCAAGGCCUGCUUGAUACGUCCGCCAUUUUGGGCGCUUCGCUGAUGGUGUCGGUGAGCGCGUUUCCCGCCUGAGCGCAACUAGCGGCGAGUCGCGGGCACCUCCAGGAGAACUUCUGUUCAAUGUCCACCACCCUACUUUAUUCCUGCUGAUCUGCUAAUGCAGUAAAUUGGAAGACAACCAUUUCCAGGAGAACCUGUAAUGGGCAAGGAGCCACAGAGAAGAAAACAUUUCUUUAAUUUUUAAACUUGGUUUGAAAGACCAGCAUGUUUUGGAAAUUUGAUCUUCACUCAUCAUCCCACAUAGACACACUUCUAGAAAGAGAAGAUGUGACGCUGAAGGAGUUGAUGGAUGAGGAAGAUGUUUUACAGGAGUGUAAAGCGCAGAACCGCAAGCUUAUCGAGUUUCUCUUAAAAGCAGAAUGUCUCGAAGACUUAGUCUCAUUCAUUAUUGAAGAACCACCUCAAGACAUGGAUGAAAAGAUCAGAUACAAGUAUCCAAAUAUAUCUUGUGAGUUGCUCACUUCUGAUGUCUCCCAAAUGAACGAUAGACUGGGAGAAGAUGAAUCCUUGCUAAUGAAAUUGUAUAGCUUCCUCCUAAACGAUUCCCCCUUGAACCCACUACUUGCCAGUUUCUUCAGCAAGGUGCUAAGUAUUCUUAUCAGCAGAAAACCAGAACAGAUUGUGGAUUUCCUGAAGAAGAAACGUGACUUUGUGGACCUUAUUAUAAAGCACAUAGGAACGUCGGCCAUCAUGGACUUGCUGCUCAGGCUCCUGACGUGCAUCGAGCCCCCGCAGCCCAGGCAGGAGGUGCUGAAUUGGUUAAAUGAGGAGAAAAUUAUCCAGAGGCUCGUGGAAAUAGUUCAUCCAUCGCAAGAAGAAGAUCGGCACUCAAAUGCAGCACAGUCACUUUGUGAGAUUGUCCGCCUGAGCAGAGACCAGAUGUUGCAGGUCCAGAGCAGUGCAGAGCCAGACCCCCUGCUUGCCACUCUAGAGAAGCAAGAAAUUAUAGAGCAGCUUCUAUCAAAUAUUUUCCACACGGAGAAAAAUGAAUCGGCCAUAGUCAGUGCAAUCCAGAUAUUGUUGACUUUACUUGAGACACGGCGACCAACAUUUGAAGGCCAUAUAGAGAUCUGCCCACCAGGCAUGAGUCAUUCAGCUUGUUCGGUCAACAAGAGUGUUCUAGAAGCCAUUCGAGGAAGACUUGGAUCUUUUCACGAACUCCUGCUUGAGCCCCCCAAGAAAAGUGUGAUGAAGACUACGUGGGGCGUGCUGGACCCCCCCGUGGGGAACACCCGACUGAGUGUGGUUAGGUUGGUAUCCAGCCUCCUCCAGACGAAUACCAGCAGCAUCAACGGGGACCUCAUGGAGCUGAAUAGCAUUGGGGUCAUACUGGACAUGUUCUUCAAAUACACAUGGAAUAACUUUUUACAUACACAAGUGGAAAUUUGCAUUGCACUGAUUCUUGCAAGUCCUUUUGAAAACACAGAAAAUAGCACAAUUACUGAUCAAGACUCUGCUGGUGACAACUUGUUAUUGAAACAUCUCUUUCAAAAAUGUCAGUUAAUAGAACGAAUACUUGACGCCUGGGAAAUGAACGAGAAGAAACAGGCCGAGGGAGGUCGGCGGCACGGCUACAUGGGCCACCUGACGAGGAUAGCCAACUGCAUCGUGCACAGCACAGAGAAGGGCCCCAACAGCGCCUCGGUGCAGCAGCUCAUCAGAGAUCUUCCAGAUGAAGUCAGGGAGCGAUGGGAGACGUUCUGCACGAGUUCCCUGGGAGAAACUAACAAGAGGAACACGGUGGAUCUAGUUACAACCUGCCAUAUUCAUUCAUCCAGUGAUGAUGAAAUUGACUUUAAAGAAACGGGUUUCUCACAGGAUUCUUCUUUGCAGCAAGCCUUUUCUGAUUAUCAGAUGCAACAAAUGACGUCCAAUUUUAUUGACCAGUUUGGCUUCAACGAUGAGAAGUUUGCAGAUCAAGAUGACAUUGGCAAUGUUUCUUUUGAUCGGGUGUCAGACAUCAACUUUACUCUCAAUACAAAUGAAAGUGGAAAUAUUGCCUUGUUUGAAGCAUGUUGUAAGGAAAGAAUACAGCAAUUUGAUGAUGGUGGCUCUGAUGAGGAAGAUAUCUGGGAGGAAAAGCAUAUUGCAUUUACGCCAGAAUCCCAAAGACGAUCAAGCUCGGGGAGUACAGACAGUGAGGAAAGCACAGACUCUGAGGAGGAAGAUGGAGCAAAACAAGACUUGUUUGAGUCCAGCAGUGCCAACACGGAGGACAAGAUGGAGGUAGACCUGAGCGAACCACCCAACUGGUCAGCCAACUUUGAUGUCCCCAUGGAGACGACGCACGGUGCUCCCUUAGACUCCGUGGGGUCUGACGUCUGGAGCACGGAGGAGCCUAUGCCGACGAAGGAGACAGGCUGGGCUUCUUUCUCAGAGUUCACGUCUUCCCUGAGUACGAAAGAUUCUUUACGGAGCAACUCCCCAGUGGAGAUGGAAACCAGCACUGAGCCGAUGGACCCUCUGACUCCCAGUGUGGCUGCACUGGCUGUGCAGCCGGAAGCGCCAGGCAGUGUGGCCAUGGAAGCCAGCUCUGAUGGUGAGGAGGAUGCGGAAAGUACAGACAAGGUAACUGAGACAGUGAUGAAUGGCGGCAUGAAGGAAACUCUCAGCCUCACUGUAGAUGCCAAGACAGAAACUGCGGUCUUCAAAAGUGAGGAAGGAAAACUGUCUACCUCUCAAGAUGCUGCUUGUAAGGACGUGGAGGAGAGCCCUGAGACGGCGGAGGGCAAGUCUGUGGCCCCCCGGCCCCCCAGCAGCAGCCCAGAGCAGAGGGGCACCGAGUUGGGGCUGGUACUGAGCCCCUCCAGGAUUGGGUUCCCUCUGUCCUGCAGUCACCCAGCUACCAAGGCAAGCGGCUCCUGUGCCCACUGGUGCAGGUGUGUCCGUGUGACACUCGGGUGGCUUCCCAGAGUGCAGCUCGCCGUGUAAGCUCAGUGUUCUGAACUCUCAAUGACCGAGCAGCCGAGCGUGCCGGGCGACGCGGCGGUCAAUGGCCCCGUAUGAUGAGGAGCCCCCCGUGCUGCUGACCGAGGGCUGCGGGCGCCACGCGGGCGGGGCUCUGGGCUGCGUGGGGAGCCCGCCAAGCCACCGCUGCUGCACUCACUCUGCAAGGGAUCAGGACCAGCAAGCUUUCUAUUCUAGUCUAAGACGCUGUACAGAAAAACCCAGACGUGUACAAAUGUUGCACAUUGACAAAUACCAAGAAUUUUUGCGUAUGUUUAUAUUGUAUUGUUCUAAAUAAUGGGUAGCCUGUGAAAUAAGAUCUUGCCACCCAUGUAAUAAUAGUAGUAAUACUAUAGUUAAAAUGGCUGUAAGAAUAGUUUUAUAAAAGUGAAUACACAGAUCUAUUGUAUUUGAAACAUAACUAUUUGACAAUUAUUAGUGUGACCAAAGUAUUAGGCAGUUUUCAUACAUUUUUCACCUUGUACAAAAUUCUGAAUUCAUUUUCUUCCAGGUUGACAAGGAGUUGUAGGAUUGAAACACCCUCCAAGUGUUAUUUUGGUUGUUCUAACUUACAAAAGUGAUUUUGAAUAAGAAAUAUUUGGUGUUCUUUUUAUAACCAGUUUUUAAUUGGUAACUGUUUUCUGUAUUGUUUAAAAACGGAUCAAAAAAUGUAAGUCUAUUGGUAGAGAUUAAGUAUUUAUUGCUACAACUUAGUUGAUAAAUUGUGUUAUUGUAAAGCCAUAUGUUCUGUUAAAGUCUUGUUUGCUUGAACUGUUUAUCCCUACAGGUGAAACACUAGACUGUUUGGAGUGUACAUGGCUUGUGGUUUGGGUUUUUUUUGUUUUAUGUUUUGUUUUGGUUGUUCAUCUGCCUUUUAACCCAUUCACCAAAAUUUACCUUGUUAAUAACAAGCAUCACCAAUGAACAUUUCAGAGCAAUCUGCAUAUGUGACAUACCUGAAUCAUAUUAGGCAAGUCAGUGGAAAAAUGCUCGUGCUGCUAAUGGAAUUAGAGUGCGUUCAUUUUACAGGCUAGUCUUUUUAAACUAGAAAUCAGAGUCCAGCACCUCAGCAUGCCCAUUGUUUUACUGUACCUUGUGAGAUUUUCACUCGUAAAUUCUAAACCAGUGUAUUUUUUUUUAGAACUGGUUUGUGUACAUAUAUAGUGAUUAUGGAUACUAAUUCAAUGUAAUUUAUAAUUUUCUAUGUCAAUAUAAAAAUACAUCACAGCCUUCUCAAACAGCUGAAGCAAUAUAUUGUAUAUUGCCAUGUCGUCUGGUGAAAGGGUUAAAUUACUUCACCUCUUGCACUUUUAGAUGCAAAUCAGUUUUUCAUUUCUGUAAUAGAAAAUUAUUCACGUAUUUUUACAUCAUUUGUUUUUCCUGACCAGUAUUUAAAACCAAAAGGAUAUUCUGAAAAAUGGCCAACGAUUUUUUUAGAAAUAGCAUCCCAAGCAGCGUGCCUAAACAUUACAUUGCAUAUGGAAAUAAAAAAAAUCAAAUGUCUAAUGCCUUAUUUCUGGUUUACUUUCCCACUGUAAAUGGUGUGGAGGCCCUUGGUGAGGUUUCCGGAGGCAGACUAGCCCCCAAGGACAGUGGGGCCAGCCGCGUGCCCUGGGACAGUCAGUGGGGCUGCCGCGCUGGCCUCUGCACCAACUCAGGGACCCUUGCUGUCGGGAGCUCCUAUCAGAAGACACUGUCCUCGAGCACGCUCCCCUGGACCCUCAGCGCCGCCCGAGGACAGGCCUCCCCUCGCUGGUCUCGGUGCUGACCGACGCGGCCCGACCUCGGGGACUGCCGGUGGACGGCGCGCCCUGGUCUGGCCUGGUGGAGAGCUCUGUGGGCGCCGCCCGGCUCCAGGGCUGCACGCGCAGUCCCGCACCCUCUGGACCUCCUCAGCCUCUGCACCUUCCCAAGGUAGACCUGGCAUCUUGUUCAUCCCGCCCGCUGCUGACGGAAGGGCCCUUGGGGCUUCUCCCUGGGGUGGGUUGUGUCCUGCUCGUCUCGCCUGGCAGGGAGGGGACACGGGUGGGCAGUGCAGAGUCUGUUGGGGGUGGGAGUCUGCCAGCCCCAGGGAUUGGAGCGAGUACACGCUCAUUGAGUUUCUACUUUAAUUUUUGUGGAUUGGCCCUACUGAAUGCAAGACUACAGAUGUCUAUAAUACCAGACCUGUAUUAAAACGACAAAAUAAAGCCUGGUUC